UUUUUUCAAAUUUUUUUUUUCAAAUUUAUUAUUAUUAUUAAUCGUUCACCAUGGACGAAGAUAAUCAGACAAAGAGCGAGGAGCAGCAUCUAAGUUUGCAAAAGGCACUGCAGCAAUGUGAACUGGUCCAAAACAUGAUAGACAUCAGCAUCUCCAACCUGGAGGGACUGAGGACCAAAUGUGCCACAUCCAACGACCUCGCGCAACAAGAAAUCAGAACACUGGAGGGCAAACUGGUGAAAUACUUCAACCGUCAGCUUUCCUGUAAACGCAAAGUUUCCCUGCAGGAGCGAAGCGCUGAGUUGGAGGGGUUUCCUCACCUGAUGGACUGGUUCCGCAUUGUGAAUAUCCGGAAGGAGGUGACAGAGGAAAUACCUCUUGGCCAACUGACGCUGGAAAUCCUGUUGGAAAUGACCGACAGCGACGUGUGUGAAACCGCCAAGAAGUAUGGGGCAAACACCGAGGAGUGCGCCAGAUUAAACGCCUCGCUGUCCUGUCUGAAACAUGUCCAUAAAUCAGGGAGCAGCCUCGCGGCUCAGGACUGGUCCAUCCAAUGGCCAGUCACGGAGACGGGACGAGAGAACACGCCCGUCAGCCAAGCCGAGCAAUUGCCGUGGCCACGGGGCCAGAUCUCCAGCCACAAGUUGCCGUCAAAGUCCGGGCAGCCUGACCCCCAGCCUCUGCCUGUGCUGGGCCCCACCUGCACGUACUCUGCGGGGCGGCUGACGGUGGGCGAUCCAACCGGCCUGCGUCCCAUCCCCAUGGAGACCGGCCACAGCUCGCUGCCCCCGUCUCCGCGGCAAAGGCACCCGGCCCGCACCUCCCCACCCGUGGUCAGCGCCAUGACCCCACCGUGCACCCCGCCCGCCAGGAGGAGGAACAAGCUGAAGCCCCCCGGCACGCCGCCCCCCAACUCUCGCAAGCUCAUCCACCUGAUCCCAGGCUUCACCGCCCUGCACAGGAGCAAGUCCCACGAGUUCCAGCUGGGCAACCGAGUGGAGGAGGCACAAACACCAAAGGCGAAGAAGAAGAACAAGCCUCUGAACCUGAAGAUCCACAACAGCGUUGGGAGCUGCGAGAACAUCCCUUCCCAGCGUUCCCCGCUGCUCUCCGAACGUUCCCUGCGUUCCUUCUUUGUGGGAUACCCCUCGUUCCUUCCCUCGACUCCCCCCAUCCACACUGAAGCCAGUUUCUCUGCAAAUACGCUAUCAGUGCCUCGAUGGUCUCCACAGAUUCCUCGCAGAGAUCUGGGGAACUCAAUAAAACACAGAUUUUCCACCAAAUACUGGAUGUCUCAGACAUGCACGGUGUGUGGCAAGGGGAUGCUAUUCGGCUUGAAAUGUAAAAACUGCAAAUUGAAGUGCCAUAACAAAUGCACAAAAGAAGCACCACCUUGUCAUUUACUCAUCAUCCACCGUGGAGCAAGACUUGUGCGGACAGAGUCGGUGCCCUGCGAUAUUAACAACCCACUUAAGAAGCCGCCCAGGUACACGGAUCUACACUCCAGCCAAACUCUGCCCAAGACCAACAAAAUUAACAAGGAUCACAUCCCCGUGCCCUACCAGCCGGACUCCAGCAGCAACCCGUCGUCCACCACCUCCUCAACACCCUCCUCGCCAGCUCCUCCGCUGCCUCCCAGCGCCCCACCCCAGUCACCUCUUCACCCCUCGCCCCAGUGCACCCGGCAACAGAAACAAUUCAACCUACCAGCUUCCCAAUAUUUCAAAUACAAGCAGCAAUUCAUCUUCCCAGACGUCGCACCUGAGACACAGAACCGUACUCCACAAGUCAUCCUGCACCCCGUCAACUCCGAACCUGUCAGUGAAGGAGCUCCAUCACUUCGAGUGGAAGUCAAUGAGCCCUUGUCAGAGAACGAAGGCCCCAACGACGAGGCCUACAGAUCGGAUGGCUCGGAGGACGACUUCGAGGAGAUGAACCUCUCGCUCCUGUCGGCCCGGAACUUUCCGCGGAAGGCCAGCCAGACCAGCAUCUUCCUGCAGGAGUGGGACAUCCCCUUCGAGCAGCUGGAGAUCGGAGAGCUGAUCGGCAAGGGGCGCUUCGGCAAAGUCUACCACGGGCGCUGGCACGGGGAGGUGGCCAUCCGCCUGAUCGACAUCGAGCGCGACAACGAAGACCACCUCAAGCUCUUCAAGAGGGAAGUCAUGGCCUACAGACAGACCCGUCACGAGAACGUAGUGCUCUUCAUGGGAGCCUGCAUGAGCCCUCCUCACUUAGCCAUCAUCACCAGCCUCUGCAAAGGAAGAACUCUAUACUCUGUUGUAAGAGACGCAAAAAUUGUGCUGGACGUCAACAAGACCAGGCAAAUCGCUCAGGAGAUUGUGAAGGGAAUGGGCUACCUACACGCCAAAGGAAUUCUUCACAAAGACUUGAAGUCCAAGAAUGUAUUCUACGACAACGGCAAGAUUGUUAUCACGGAUUUCGGCCUCUUUGGAAUCUCCGGAGCGUUGCAAGCGGGCAGAAGAGAGACUGAGUUGAGGAUCCCAAAUGGCUGGCUGUGUCACCUGGCUCCUGAAAUCAUUCAGCAGCUCUCCCCCGCUACAGAUGAAGACAAGCUCCCGUUCUCUAAGCAAGCGGAUGUCUUUGCAUUCGGAACCAUGUGGUACGAAUUACACGCACGAGAGUGGCCUUUCAAGAACCAGCCGACGGAUGCGAUCAUAUGGCAAGCAGGACGGGGAAUGAAACCUAACCUAACCCAAAUCGGCAUGGGGAAGGAGAUUUCGGAUAUCCUGCUUUUCUGUUGGGCUUACGAACAGGAAGACCGUCCCAGCUUCUCCAAGCUCAUGGAGCUGCUGGAGAAACUGCCCAAGCGAAACCGCCGCCUCUCCCACCCAGGGCACUUCUGGAAGUCAGCUGAGUACGUUUCCCUUAGCUCCAAUGUGUGAAAGGAUUCAGUAUUCGCACUGAUGGAAUUUUGGAUGCAGUCUUAACAUUUCACGCGUCACAUCAGAGGGAGGGCUGGGGAUGAGGAUGGGAAGGGUUGAGGAAGCUUUAACCUCAAGGGGAUUGUUCUAACUUCUCCACCACCCAACCGAGGAGAUGCAUCAGUUGA